GCGUUCAACUGGGUACCACUCUUCCAGCCUUGGCACCAAAGUGGCGCACCACGACAUGCACAGCUGAACGAGGAGUGCGCCUUUGAAGAUGUUUGAUUGCCAAGCUACAAUUUCUGACUGAGUGACAAGCCUGUGGUGUAGUCGCCACCAUGAUAGCCACGGGUGGCCUGCUGCGCAUGAACAGGCGCCAGGAUUCGCUCCGAUCGAAAAACCGAGCGGAGAACAAACGGAAGAGGAAAUCCAAGAAAAAGAAGAAGAACGAUGUGGUGGUGGUGAAGGGCAAACUCAAUCUCUGCUCCCCUGCUGGUUUGGUGGCCGCUGUUGGAAUUAUAGUUCUUAUGGUUGGGAUUUCCAUGGCUGUACUGGGCUACUGGCCCAGCCAGAACCAGCAGGAAUACCAGGAGCGCCGCAGAACCGGGGGAUUUCACACCAGCAGGAUGAGCUAUUCCAAAAGUCCUCAGAUUACCUCCAACCUGACCCGUGGUGAGCCUUCCUCUGGCCAAUCAAAUCUGUUCAACCAGAGUCAUUCUAACACCAGUGUUUCCAGCCCGUCCCGUCACUGUGGCUUUUUCUGUGACUUCCUGGAUAACUAUUUGUAUUCAGACAACCUGAAAGUCUUCGGACCACUUGUGAUGGGAAUUGGUAUCUUUCUCUUCAUUUGUGCUAACGCCGUCCUCCAUGAAAACCGAGACAAGAAAACUAAAAUCAUAAACUUGAGGGAUAUCUACUCCACAGUGAUAGAUCUGCACAGCAUACGAUCAAAGGAGUACUCACCUCUGAACGGCAUGGUGAAUUACACCCAGUCAAAGAGUGCAGAAGGGCCAUCGGGUUCAUUCCCAACAAGUGGGAUGCUUACUCGCAGUUCCUGGCCCUCCACUGGAAUCACUUUCAAAGGUGAGGUAGAUGGCGAGGAGGUAUUCAGACGCUCCUCAUUGGUCAGCAGGCCUCGUAGCUUGUCCAAAGAUGUGCAGACCUUCACAGAGACUGUCUAUAGCAUCUAUAAAGACUUCAGCAAUAGCAGUGAGCAGGCACCUCAGCCCCGACAAUGGGAGACCACCUCCAUCGUCACCUCUUCUGUGAACGCUUUUACCCUGCCAGUAAUCAAACUGAACAACUGUGAGGUGGGGGAGAAAGCAGAGGCAGAGGGAUGCUCAAAGGAGGAGGUUGUUAUAGAAGCUGCUGCUGAAAACAUAAGUGAGGAGGGACAGGCCAGCAGCAGCAGCAGCCAGAGAGACGUGAUGUAUAGUAAGCACAAGGAGGCUUCGAUCAUGGACUCUCCUCCUCCUCACCGGAGCCACGAGGACACCGACACAGGUAUCCAACAGGGGGUGCCGCAGGCUCAGCCUCAACCGCAGAGGCCUCAGCUGUUUCCGCCAUCUCCCGUUGCCAGGGCGAUGGGUUCACGGCUGUCGCUCAACUCUCUCACGGAUCAGCCCAGGCCAGCACGCCGCUGCAGCCUGUCUGUGUCUGGAUGUCGUCAAGGUGACAGAGCCAGGCGGUUCAGCUACCCCCGUCUGGAGCACUCCAACAGCAAGGGCUACAUAAAACUGAAUGACCUGGGGGGCGAAUCCUUUGAAGCCCCCGACGCAGACACUUCUUUGGUGGCCCCUAAACAGGAAGUAGCAACGGACGCAGCAGCGGCGGAGGAAGAAGCUCAGGGACAGGACAAUUUGGUGACACCGAGCACCUCUGGAGAAUCCUAGGCCUCUUAAAACUCUUUGAUGUCUUGUUAUUUGCUUCGCACCCUCUUAUGUGAUUGCUAAUGGGUGAAGCUGGCCAUUAGAGAGGAAAGGAAACACGGAGAGUAAGCAACUAAGGACUAUUGAAACAUAGCCAUGAAUACUCAAGAGCAAGACUCUUUAUAAAUACACCAGACCAACAGUUCAAAAUUCAGAUGUAAUUUUUCUAUUUUUUCAAUGUAGCAAGAGCAAUACUAAAGACUUGUAAGGAGAUUUAGAAAUGGUUUGUAAAAAAAAAAGAAAGAAAAGAAAAUUUGAUCAGAUGAGGGUUUUUUUUCUUUUGUAUAAGAGUAAGGCAAACAUUGUAGCUUGUAGAAUUGCCAAAACUUUCACUAUGAACCACUGUCCAACAUGUCGUACUGUAGCAUUAACAUAUGCCACAGAUAUUUAAAUAGUCUAGAUUUGCUUCUCUGCAUUGUUAUGUGAAUACCACGUGAAUAGGUGAACUGAACUGAAUCUCAGGUAGAUGUCUGGCUUAGGAUCGGGACCUUGAGGACAAGGUCUUCCCUAUGUGCACACACUUGUUUAUAUGAAACAUUCAUGGUUUAAUAAAUUUGACUGUAACACCUCCAUUGGGUCUAAUAGAUGUCUUUGUGUGAUAUUAGAUUAAAUGCCACGAAUGCAAAAUGGCUUGUUUGCUCCAAAUAGUUUCACUUGCGUUAAGAAAAAUUAAAAGGAUUAAAAAACUGGAA